AUGGGAAAUCACGCCGUGGUCUUGUUCUUUGUGGCUUUGCUGCAGCUUGGCUGCUGCAUCCGCCGCCAAGAUGAUGCCCAAGGAGAGGGUGUUGCUGCGCACUUGAAGUCUGACUCUAACUCGACUCUCGGAACGUGCUGCUGCUACCGCCCGGUCGGGUCGAAGGUCUACACAAACCCCUUCGGCGACGAGUGCCCCGUGAAAGGAGCCAAGUUUCCGAAGUCAGAGCGUGGUUGCUUCAGGCCCGCCAAGGCCAGCCCCUGCGCUGUCGGCCCAGACAAAUACGACAUGUACUGCCAAAAGUACUACAUGCUUGCCUGCGACACCAGGCUCACCAGUCCGGACUCGCUCAUGUGGAACAAGGCCUGGCAGGGAGACUACAACCGGAUGUGA